AAUUGAGCGGAGAAAACCCACCGCGACAACCUGUCUUAUUAAUCAUGACUUCAAGCUGGUACAUCAACGGCUUUUGGUUGCACACACGCACACACACACACACAUUUACACACACUGCGCCUGACGUGCAUAAACUACAAAAGUUGGAUCAUCAAGAUUUCAUUGUUUCCAUUGUAUUUCACAUCCUUUUCUAACAAUCUUCUAUCAUCCAUGCUUACUAUGCAAAAAUGAAUUUUGCACCAACGCCAUUGGACUGGAGUCCAACAAAAAUAGAAUAUGGUAAACGACAACAAUCUGGCAGUAAUCCACCGCCAUCGGAAUCAACAAAUAAUAAUGGUACACAGCCAAGCACCAAUCCAAAUAGUCAAGGUGCACCGCCUUUGAGCGUUUUCACGUUUAUCAUUGCUAUUGCAUUGUUUGUCCUUGUGGUUUCGUUUGUUCUUUUACGAAUCUUUGUUAGAAAUCGUAGAUUGAGAAGGUUGGGAAUUUAUCCUGAAAGUCCAAUCGAACGUUUAUUAGGUGGCGCGCCAAAAGAAUAUGAAGACAAUUUACCACCUCCAAAACUCUGGGAUGCAAAGAUUGCCGAUAUCAGUGCACACAAUCAAGGAGCUUUGGCAAAAGCAGAAAAGAGUUGGCUUGGUGGUGGUGUAGGAGCAGGAGAAGUUAAGGAUCAUGGCUGGGAUGCUUUGAUGCCUGUUGCGGCAGCUUUGCCUCCAAGUUUGUAUCCUAUCAUUUAUGCUCAAGAUGCUGCAAAUGCUGCCAACGCUGGAAAUACCACUUUGGCUCCUACCGGUCCCAAUUCUGCUGCUGCUUUGGGUGCUGGUCGAUUUGGACGAAGGAUGCCCAACUUUUUGCGUCGUUCUACCAAUGAAGCCACAACAGAGGCAGAUGCUGAAGCAGAUAACGGAGCAUCGGCAAACGCACAAGCUGAUACAGGUGAAGCAGCUGGAAACACUCAAACGAACAACACUGCAGAGAAACAAAACACCGAAACAGGAAACAAAGAUGAAAAGCUGUCUGCAAGUGUGAACAUUACCGUUUUGAUUGCAAUGCCGUCACCCUCGACAGUAUUUCCAACAGUGCACAAACCAAACAAUAACUCUGUAGCAUCUUUGCGACAUUCACAAUCUCGUCUUGGAAAUGGAAGUGCGACAAUGCUUCCCUCAACAUCGAAGAUUGACGAAGUACAAGAGGAUGCAGAUAUGGAUGCUCUAUCAGACAAGGGAAAAGCUAAAAGAGCGCCCAGUCUGCGUAGUGUUCGAAGUGUUUCAACAAUCAAGAGCUUGGCCGAUGCAAGAAGAGAAGCAUUCUUUGGAGGCGCCGCUCAAAGAUCCAGCAUUGACAAUGAAGCAGCCCAGAAACCACAAGAGCAAGAGCCUGCACCAGCACCACAAAACGCUUACGAUGAUGACGAAGAGGAAGAAUUGCCAGAAUUAGUCUUUGGAACGGCAAGCGUGCCGCUGUACUCUAAAAUCGUAUCUGGUAAACAGUCACAAGGAGUUCCUUCUACACUCAUCUCGCCAACAAAAGAAGAGAUUCUGACGUUGAUGAGUACGGUUGCAGAAGCAAGAACGCGAAAAGUACAACCAGCUGCAAAAGCAGAUCAAAAGUCUGAAGAAGCGGAGAACAAUCGACGAUCAGUUGCAGGUACAUCUCUCGAUGGCGGAAUGAGCAAUCUCGAAGAACAGAAUGGAUUAGGAGAUGUUGUUUCACGAAUGAUGCGUACUAAUAAUGGAAUGCAAAGCAGUACAGAAGCAUACGAGAUGGAUACGAUGAGACGUGCAAACAAUGCUGAGACAUCAGUCAAUGCAGGCACACCUGAUGCACGACCAUCUACAUCCACACAAGAAGGUUUGAUGAUGCGAGCUGCACCUAUGGGUCGGGAUGAUCAACUUACACCAAUGGAAACCCCACUUUCAGCAAAUGAAAGACAGCCACUUUAUGCUGCAACUACGCCUUCCCUUCAAACACCAGGGAUUGCAUCUGAUCAAGGACCUCUUGUGACUUCUGAUAGUAUGGCAUCGGCAAAUUUCGCAGAUGCUCGUUCGCCAACGUAUUCCUCUUCCCUUCAUACGGCAGAAGGUAGCGUUCAUUCAUUCCAUACGACCAAUGGAGGAAGAGAACAACAUGCUUGAUUCCUUUGGUAGGCUUUGCCUUUCUUUCUUGUACUAUACAUUUCAUAUACCUUUAUCGCUUGAUUUCAUCUGCUUCUUUCUCUGAAGACACAGAUGAUGAAAUAAUGCUAAUGUCACGAUUGCUAAAUUAUUGGA